GUCUCUAACUUUACUCCUCUCUCUCUCUCUCUCUCUCUCUCUCUCUCUCUCUAACGUUACUCUCUUCCCCUGUAUUUACUAAACUCGACACUUCACCAGAAAUUAGCUAACCAAACUACUUCAUCAAGCUCCUCUCCGUUGAUCAACCCUCAAGCCCCUCUCUAUCGAUCAACCCCCAGCCACAGCGGUCGCCUCCCAAGAAGAAGCCUCCGUCAUCGUCUUCGAAGCCCCGGAACCGACCUAACCCACUGAUAUUCUCAAGGUCUUGCUGGCGCUCUGGCAGUUCGUCAACCUCUCACACCAACGCCGUCAAGAAGAUUUGGGAGUACAUCAAGCUCUCCCCCCAUACGACUGAGCCAGAAUGAAAAUGUGGAAUGACGUACAAUUGAGAAGCAGGGGAGCAUAAAUCGAGAGCGAGGGCCAAGAUAUGCCGGGAUUACGUGACCUAGGUCAGGAUUAGGCGUGUAGGAAUUGAUCUUUCGGAGCAGCUCUGAAGAUUCAGUUCAAAAAUUAAAGAAAAAGAGCAGAGCACCGAAGAUAUGGGUAGUAAGAGGAGGCAUCAGAAGAAGAAAAGGAAACUAAUCGGCGGUGAAGAAGAAGAAGAAGAAGAAGAAGAAGAAGAAGAAGAAGAAGACAGAAUCAGCAGCUUACCCGACUCCAUUCUUCACCAAAUCCUCUCCUCCAUCGACACCACAUCCGUCGUCCAGACCUCCGUUUUGUCAAAGAGAUGGAGGUACCUUUGGACUUCGGUACCAAACAUACACUUGGAUUACGACGCAUUUCCGGACCUUGUCAAAAACUGCAUAUGCUAUGCAUUUCGACACAAUGUUCAAGAAUUGCUUCUCUGGCCCGACUGGAAUUCGUAUGUGGAACACUCGGUAUUUCCCGCCUGCCUAUCCGAAGCCCUUGGAAUUUCCUCUAGUUCUCUUAUAAGCCUUACGUUGGCGUGUCAUGCCUUUGGUAUGCCACCGGACAAACCGCUGCGGUUACCUGCAUUAAAGACUCUGCGUCUCGCCGGUUGCUGCCAUGAUUAUGCCAAUUUCAUAACUGGGACUGUUGGGAAUUGUACCAACUUGGAAACAUUGAUUUUGGAUGACUUAGAGUUGAAUAGUUUGAAUAUCAAUGCUCCUAAUCUUAGGAACCUAGAAUUACACUACUAUGAUGAUGAUUGCAGCUGUGGCAGCUGUUUCGAAUCCAAGAUUGUGGUUUCAGCACCUGGGCUGACAUCCUUCAAGUUGGAAGGACACGCUUUGCCUGUCUUUUCUGCAGCAAGUCUCCCUUGUCUUCACAAUGUACACGUGUGCCUGAAAACAUGGUCUUUUGAUGAAUAUGAAUCAUAUGAUGUACCAGAUGAAGAAAUCUUGCAAAGGAUGCCCCUUAAUGUGAUGAAGAUGCUUGAACAGCUUGGAGAAGCAGAUUACGUUACAUUGUCCAUGGAUACUGUUGAGGCCCUUGCAAAGGAUCCCGAUUCUCUUAACAAUCGUCUUUCUCCAUUUCGUAAGUUGAAGCACCUAAAGUUGACAACUCCUUCACGGUCUUCAAAUCUGCCUUUAAAUGUGAUUGCCUACUUAACUAAAGGUUCCUCGAGUGACACUUUGGUUGGGGACUUCUAUUCAUUAGGUAAAUGGAUACGUGCUUAGGUAAAUGGAUAUGGUAGUGACGGUGAAAAAUGGUCUCUCAAAUGUGAUUCAAAUUGUUUUAAUCCUCCAGAGCCUCUAUUUUGGCAUGAAUGAACAGAAGUUGCUGGAAAUUCUUCCCAAAACCCUGUUGUAGUGAGGUAGCUCUAACUAGUUUUACAGUAUAUGGACAGUCGGGGAAGCCGUUGUUAGUUGUUGGUUUUAAGCAUGGGGUUGGAAGUUGGAACUUGGGACUUUGGGGAUCUCAGAAAUGGUUGUUUUGGUUUGUAUGUAACAUCAUGUAAUGUAGUAAUUGUGGGGUAUUUGGAUUUGGAUUGUGUAGUUAAUUGGGUUUUAUAUGAGAUGGGCAGGAUUUGUUUGUUUGAUAUAUUUAGUACUAAUUGCUUUACUUGCUAUAAA